AUGAGCUCCCAGCAGAGAAGGAUGUCCUGCUCCAGCGAGCCGUGCGGCGUGAGCUGCCCGCAGCCCGUGGCCCAGAGCUCCAACGAGCCGUGUGUGCAGCAGUGCCCCGAGUCCAGAGCCCUGAUCCUGCCCCCGCCCGUGCUGGUGACCAUCCCGGGGCCCGUGCUCAGCACCUGCCCCCAGGAGAGCGUCGUGGGAUCGUCGGGCCCAGCGUGGCUGGGGCGUUCCUUCAGUUCCCGCAGCUCCCAGGGCUACGGGGGCAACUUUGGGUCUGGAGCUUCUGGGGGUUAUGGGGGCUCCCUGAGCUUGGGGGGCUCCUCUGGCUAUGGGGGCAACUUUGGGUCUGGAGGUUAUGGGGGCUCCUGGAGAAAUUUGGGCUCCUUUGGGUGGGGACCUUAUGGAGGUUCCCAGGGCUAUGGGGGCUCCUUUGGCUGUGGGGGCUAUGGGGGCUCCCUUGGCUAUGGCCGUUCCCUGGGUUAUGGAGGUGACACUGGCUAUGGGGGUUCCUUGGGGGGCUAUGGGGGCUCCUUGGGGGGCUAUGGGGGCUCCUUUGGAGGUUAUGGGGGUUCCCUGAGGGGCUAUGGGGGCUCCUUUGGCUCCUCCAGCUCUGGUUUCUCCUCGCGGGGCCUGGGCUAUUCCCUGCCCGGCUUCCAGAGAUGGGGCAGGUCCCGCCGUGGGAGCUGUGGGGUUUUCUAA